GACCCUUGGGGAUCAAAGAGAGAACAAAACACACGCCCUGUCCCCGAGAAGAGAGGGUUUGAGGAAGUUGGAACGCCAUUGCUGGAAAAUCUGUGUCGCUGAAAGAUCUUCAAGCCACGACGCCAUGGUUGAGAUCGAGAAGAAUCAUGGCGGCAAUGGAGAAGACAGGACAAUGGUUCAAAUCUCUCUCAAAACCAUCGGUCCUUCUCCUCCCUCUCUCCUCAAUGUCCCCUCUCUCAUCAAAGUGCAGGAUCUGAGAAAAUUGAUUGCUGGGAAGGCUCAUUUACCUAUUGAGAAUUUGAGGCUUAUUUUGCAAGGGAAUGUGUUGCAUGACAACAAAAAUGGUUUCGAUGAAUUCAUCCAACUAAAUAAUGAAGAUUCGCUGAUUGUUGCUGUCAAACCAAAGCCGCCAGUUAAACAUAUUCAGGAUGGGCUGGAUGAAGAUGAUGAUGAAGAGGAUCUGAAGUUUCAGCUUCCUCAGUUAACAAGUGGGUGGAAGAGGACACUUUACUCUUUUUUACAUAAUAAACUGAGGCUUCCUGAUAUGCUUUUGAUAGCAAUUUUCUCUCUGAGUCUAAAAGCAUGGGCCAUUAUUGUUUUGUGGUUUAUAUUUGCACCUGUUGCCCAUAGCUGGGAUCUAGGACCUUUAUAUGUUCAUCAAGUGAGAGAUUUGCAACCUCAAGCAUCCCAACAUCAUCAAAUAAAUCAAAUGUGUCGCCCGCAAUAUCCCAUAACUUGGUCUCUCCUUCAAAGUAUUGUGGGGUUCUCCUUGAUAAAAGACGGAGGUUGCUAUGAACAAAACCAAGUCCUCUGCACGUUGGGGUGUUAUCUUGUUUCUUCUCAUUGAAUAGAUAAAAGAGUUUAUACUCCAAUUCCUCUCAGCACAUGACGAAAAAGAAGGUUGCACAAGUAGCCAUAAAGCCAAAGAUUGAAGAGUGGGUGCAGAUGUACCAUGAACAACCUACCAACUAUGAGGAUCCAUAUCACAUCUAUCUCCAAUGGAAUCAAUGUCAGCAACUGGCCCCCCUUUGGUUGAGAACUGAGCAUACUUCAAAUUUGCUCUAGUGCGCUCCAUUGGAUCAUCAAAGAACAUUUUCAAACAUUUUUUUUCUCUCAAGGCAGACCUCCUCAUCCCUAUGUGGGGGAACUCGGCUUGGAUCUUCAUGAAGCCACACAUCACUAUAAUACCUAAAAUGAAAAAAAUGUACUACUCAUUAUAAAUGUGAAAGAAUAAUAUUAAACUUAAAUUAAUAAAAAUAGUAAAUUGUGUUAUAAUCACCUUAGAUUCAAUGAGUGUGCUAAGCAAUGAAGUGGUGUGUUGUUCUUGUUCCACCAGUCUACAAGAAUCUGAUGUACUACAUUAUAGAAUGUAGACUCUUCUUCUAGUCACUUUCCUUCAUGCUUAUUAUCACCAUCUUCACUUUUUCUAUCAUUGUAUCCCACAUGUCGUAUACUAAGUGAAGAGAAGGUCUAUCGGUGUCACAAACUCUAAUCAUGUCAUAAAUAAGAGCAGCAAAGGAAAGUAUGUAGUCGACUUGAUCCUACCAAAAGUCAUCCAACAACAUAUCCUUCACAAACUUGGCCUUACCAAUGUGAUCAUCCCUAAACUCCAUUUGUCACUGAUUACCAUUGUUUGGAGACCUUACUUUAUCAACUUGACGCUCUUAAGCAUGACAAUGGAAGAAGCAAAGCGUGUCUUGGCAACUGAAAGAAGCUUCAAACUCACAAAGUCAUUGUACAUUGCCAAUCUCAUGGAAUGAUUACAAAUAAAAUUCUUAAUCAUCAUCACAUCACCCACAAUCUCACUAAUCCAAUUACACUCUUCAAAUGUUACUGAAUUAUUUUCCACAUUCUUGGCAGCACAAAUAUUCUUCAAGGCUAGAUUGAGGGUGUGCACAACACAAGAAAUCCAAAAGAUGUGAGGAAAUUGCGCUACAAUUAGGUGCCCUGCUGCCUUUUGGGGCAUUAUCUGUAAUGACUUGAACCACAUUUUUGGGCCUAACAUCCAUGAUUACUUACUUCAUCAAGUUGAAAAUAAAAGGCUUGUCCUUUGUUUCCCCUGAACAAUCAGCCGCUUUAAGAAACAUAGGCCCACCUCCGAUAACAGCCAUAAAAUUUAUUAAUGGCCUUCGUUGGGAAUCACUCCAUCCAUCACUGACUAUACUCACACCCUUCUCUCUCCAUGUGCCUCGAAUAGGGUCUAACAACCUAUUAAUGUUUAUCCUUUCUUUUUGAAGCAAUGUAGUUCUCAACAUGUUAUACCCACGUGGUACAUAGGGGGUGUUUGUUUUAGCUUUUCAGAGCCAACUUAUGGCUUUUAGCUUUGAAAAAGUUAUUUUGGACUGUUUGGUUAAACUUAUUUCAAACAGCUUCUGAUUCUAACAGCUUAUUUUAACUCAAAAAAGCUGAUUCUGAGA